AUGUUAUCAAGAUUCAUUUCUAGACCUAUAACAAGAGUGUCACCAUUGUUAUUGAAUGCCACCAGAAAUUCAUCCAUUAUUUCUGUUCAUAGAGAUACUAAAGUCGAUAAUCAAAACAUUCCAUUUGAAUUUAAUUCUGAAAAUUUAAAAAGAGCCGAUGAAAUUAUAGCUAAAUAUCCCCCUCAAUAUAAAAAAGGAGCUGUUAUGCCAUUAUUAGAUUUAGGUCAACGUCAAUUAGGUUUUACAUCAAUUAGUGUCAUGAAUUAUGUAGCUAAAUUAUUGGAUAUGCCACCAAUGAGAGUUUAUGAAGUGGCUACAUUUUAUACCAUGUAUAAUAGAAAACCAAUGGGUAAAUAUAAUUUACAAGUUUGUACAACUACUCCAUGUCAAUUAUGUGGUAGUGAUGGGAUUUUACAUGCCAUUGAAGAUUAUUUAAAGAUAAAACCAGGUCAAACUACUCCAGAUAAUUUAUUCACUUUACAAGAAGUUGAAUGUUUAGGAGCUUGUGUAAAUGCUCCAAUGAUCGGUAUUAAUGAUGAUUAUUAUGAAGAUUUAACUCCAGAAAAGACUGUUGAUUUAUUAAAGAAAUUACAAAAUGGUCAAGAAAUAAAAGUUGGACCAGUUAGUGGAAGAGUCAGUUGUGAACCUUUCAGUGGUCCAAAGGUUUUAAAGAGUAAAGAACCUACCGACAUUAGAAAGUUCACUAGAGCCGACUUAUAG